AUGUCUGGUCUUUUGGAUAGAGUAUUAACUGCAGCACAGUUUAGUGGUUCUGCAUUCACCACCAACUUCAUCAUUCCCCGACAAACCUUUAAGGUGCUUUCCGGUAACCCUAAAUCUGGCGAGUACAUGGCGGAUUCGGGCUAUAUGUAUCAUACUUUUUUCUGUGGGGACUGCGGAUCGUCUCUCUAUGGUCAGCCUGACUCAAUGCCGGAUAUGAUGUCUAUUAAAGCUGGAUCCCUGGAUGGGGGAGCAGCGAGGUUAGAGGGGGGGAAAAUUGAUGCUGAAGCUUACGCAGAGAGGCGUGUGGCUUAUUUGGAGCCAAUUGUUGGGGCGAACCAGGUUGAAGGUAUGAUUCAGCCAUGA